CGCGGCGGCUGGCAGUGGGAGCCGCGUGCAGCUCGGAGCCUGGGAGCCGCCGGGAGCUCGCGGCGCUGACCCACAGGGGCGGGAGCCCGGCUGCAGCCCGGUGCCCCGCCAGCGGCAGGAAUGUGACCCCCGAGCGCGGCCGGAGCUCUCCCAGCGCGGCUCCCAGGGCUCCGGUUGCUCCCGGCCGGGGCGGGUUUAGCUCGCAGCUGCUGGAUCUCUCCGCAUCCCCGCUGGGGCACCCAGGCACCGCCAGACUCGACACACCCCUGUUGCUCACAGAAGGAGGUGAGAAGCCGCAAGCCUCAAUGCUUCCUAGCUUGUUUCAUGACCUGCAUCUCCUUUGGGGAGAAUAUGAAAGUGCUACUUGGGCUCCUUUGUUUCAUCGCCCCUCUGCUGUCACUGGAGACUGAUGAAUGUAAAGAAUAUCCAAACCAGAUAAUUUUAUUUUCAUCUGUAAAUGAAAUUGAUAUUCGAGAUUGUCCUCUUACUCCAAAUGAAAAGCACGGCACGAUAAGUUGGUAUAAAAAUGACAGCCAGACACCCAUAUCAGAGGAGCAGGCCUCCAGGGUUCACCAGAAGAACGAGCAUCUUUGGUUUGUUCCUGCCAAGGCCGAGGACUCGGGACAUUACUAUUGUAUAGUAAGAAACUCAACUCACUGCCUCAAAACUAAAAUAACCGUGAAGGUUUUAGAGAAUGACCCUGGCUUGUGUUACAAUGCCCAAGCCACCUUCCCACAGAGACUCCACAUUGCAGGCGACGGAAGUCUUGUGUGCCCUUAUUUGGAUUUUUUUAAAGAUGAAAAUAAUGAGUUACCCGAAGUUCAGUGGUAUAAGAACUGUGAGCCUCUGCCUCUCGACAACGUAAGCUUCUUCGGAGUGAAAAACAAACUGAUGGUGAGGAACGUGGCUGAAGAGCACGGAGGGAGCUACACCUGCCGCGUGUCCUACACCCACCUGGGGAAGCAGUACCCCGCCACCCGGGUGAUAAAGUUCAUCACCAUCGGUGAGAACAAGAGCGACCGACCUGUGAUUGUGAGCCCGCGGAACGAGACGCUGGAAGCAGAGCCAGGGUCCACGCUGCAGCUGAUCUGCAACGUCACAGGCCAGUUCACGGAUCUUGUCUACUGGAAGUGGAACGGGUCGGAAAUUGAAAUGGACCACCCACUCCUAGCCGAGGACUAUCAGCUUGUGGAGCAUCCUUCCAUCGAAAGAAAGUACGCGCUCAUGACAAUACUUAACAUUUCAGACGUGCAAAGCCAGUUUUAUCAGUAUCCGUUCAUCUGCAUCGUCAGGAACACCAAUGUUCUAGAGUCAGCGUACAUCCAGUUAGUAAGCCCAGUCCCUGAUUUCAAGAAUUACCUCAUUGGGACCUUUGUCAUUCUAACGGCUACAAUUAUAUGCUGUGUUUUCAUCUAUAAAAUCUUCAAGGUUGAUAUUGUGCUCUGGUACAGGGACUCCUGCUCUGAUUUUCUCCCCCCAAAAGCGUCAGAUGGAAAGACCUACGAUGCAUACAUACUCUAUCCUAAGACUGUCAGAGAGGGAGCCUCCUCGAGCCUGGACACUUUCGUGUUUAAGCUGCUGCCUGAGGUCUUGGAGGGGCAGUUUGGGUACAAGCUGUUCAUUUACGGAAGGGAUGACCAAGCUGGAGAAGAUACUAUCGAUGUUACUAAUGAAAACGUAAGGAAAAGCAGGAGGCUGAUUAUCAUUUUACUGAGGGACAUGGGAGGCUUCAGCUGGCUGCCUCAGUCGUCUGAAGAACAAAUAGCCAUCUAUAACGCUCUCAUCCGGGAAGGGAUUAAAGUUGUCCUGCUUGAGUUGGAGAAAAUCCAAGACUAUGAGAAAAUGCCAGAGUCGAUCCAAUUCAUUAAGCAGAAACAUGGAGCUAUUUGCUGGUCUGGAGACUUUAAAGAGAGACCGCCAUCCGCCAAGACCAGGUUCUGGAAACACUUGAGGUACCGCAUGCCAGUGCACCGGCGACCCCCGCUGUCUAGACACAGCUUGCUACGCCCGGGGCCUGUGCCGGAUGCCAAGGAGAGGCUGCAGGCAGAGACGCACUUACCUCUCGGCUAGCUGGCCGGAGUGGCCCACAAGGCCGGGAUGCCUCCUGAUUCCAGUAACGUGUACAGUCACACAACGCAGCUUCAGAGUCCCUUCUCCCCAGGUCGCCUGAGGGGAUUGGCAAGGGACCAGGACAGUUGGGAGCAGAGGGCUGGGAAGCCCAGGGCCAAGCUGCUCGGGGCUGCUCGGGGCUGCUCCGGAUGCUUGGGCUGAGGUGGUCAGCCUGGAGUACGAGCUUCCUCAGACGGCCGCCCUUGUGGGUGGUCUAACCCACCCCUGUGUGGUCCCACGGUGGGACUGUGGUUGUCUGAGGACACUUUGGGGGUCUUCGGUGGAGAAGGGCUCUCCUGAGCCUCCGUGCGGGUGAGGCUUACUGACCCCCCUCCCUCCGGGGAGGCAUAACUUCCUUGCAUUUCCCAGGCCACCAGACUCAGUUUUCAAAGACUAGAUUUUAUAGACUUUGAAAGCUGUCAUCUCGGUGAAGAAGGGUCCCCCGGGUUCCCUUUACUGCGUUCACCUUUGCUUUCUGCAGAAGAGAGUGGGUUUAUAUUAACUACUCAGCAUCCGUCCUGGAAAAAGGCUGUUGCUGCUCCGUCCUCUUUCUUGUGCCUGUCGCUGCUCAUGGCUUCUCAGGAGGUGCCUCUCUGCAAUGCACAGCCUGAGGAUUCACCUUCCUCCCUGGGACUGCUCUAGCCCCGCCCCGGGGGAGGGGCUGCAGCACUUCAUGGCUUCUUCAUCUUGUCCCCACCUUGUCCCCUGGCCUCUCUUUGCUGUCCUGCUGCUGGAACCUCCUCCAUCUUCACCGUGCCUCUCACACUCUAGGACUAGAAUUCUCCCUCACAUUUUCUCCACAUGACAAGGAGUUUGCUGAAGUUCAAAGUUGAUCUCAAUGCUAAAAUCCCUAGGGCCUAAUCUCUCCUUACCCUAGACUUGGCCACCAACCCCCAGAAGUCAACUUUCCUGUCACUUUACCCCUGCUGUUUGGGGGGCACUUUGGAAGGUGGUUUCUUUGCUAGCAGGAACUGUCCUCUCCGAGGGGCAGGCAGUGGCUGUGUCCGUGUCCUUACUCUGCUCUCUGCACUGUGAACAUGUGUUAUAGAUUUGCCGAGACCUUUAUUUUAAAGUACUGUCGGAAAAUCACACUUAAAACUUGUAAUCAUCGUGAUUUUAUAUAGAGACACUGACCUAUUUAUCAAAUUCCUCUUUGAGCUCUGCUGGACCCAGGCCUUGAACUUUUCUGGCUGCUCUCCCUGUGCUCCACUCUUUAUUUGCUCAUGGGAGAAGACAUGUUCUUUGGGAAGCAACCAAGUCCAGCAAUGUCUUUACGUUAGGAACAAACACAGUCUUUUUCAGUGUUGGGAUUUAUAAAUCUACCUUUAGACUUUUCAGCAUGAUUUUUUUUUUAUUUUCCAACACUGGCUUCCGAAAGGUCAACAUUUCUUCUCCAACUAAAAAAAAUGAAAGCAAAUUGGUCUCUGUGGUACAAAAAUUUUUGUUUGUUUUUAAUUUGAUGACUGUCUUUGGAAUAAUCCUAACCGUUCUGGAAGAUUGAAAAGCCAAGUUCAUGUGCUAAAAACAAACCCAGUUUUCAGGGCUGUACAGAUGUGGAUUCCCCUCUGUCUUUCAGACUUCAAGCAUCUGCUAUGGGUGAGUGCAAAUAUUAUUUAAAAGGCAUCUUCUCACCUACAUAGAGGUAGACGAAAGCACACAAUUUGGGAUCUUGGCUCUCCCCUUCUGACUUCUUUUCUCCUGGACCCAGCCUGAUGGUGAUCGCUGGGUUGCUAGGUCGGAGAAAGCAAGGCUGUCCCAGGUGGCAGCCAGAGGUCUGAUGGAGUGAGGUCAUACCCCAACCCAUGAUGCUUUAAAGCUUAAUUUUGCUGAUGAGUUUUUGUCUGCCAUCCAGAUAUAUGCCUGUAUAUCAUAUGUGAAUUAGAGUUCAUGGGAAACUUGGCCAGAAAGUAAAAGCAGAGAGCAAAGAACCAUGGGUAGUGUGACAGCAAGAACUGAGGGGGAGACAGAGGCAAAGGUUAGCCUGUGCCACGAGGGGCCCUGAAUAAGGAAGUUGUGUCAUUCCUUCCCGGGGGAAGGAUGGAGUGGCACAUAUGAGCAGUAAGAACUUCCCGUGCCUUCGCCUCCCCAGAGGUACCUGGCUGGAGCUGUCCGUCAUGCUUUCUCCAUUGCUCAGAUUCCACAGUGCCUCGCGAUGGUGUUUUCAAAAGGCCAACCAAGUGUUGCAGAAUUUUGCACAUGCAAUGAUGUAUUAAUUACCAGUGUUUAAAACUGGUUUAGCAGAAUUUAUAUUUCUCUCUCUCUUGCCUUUUGAACUUUUCUUGUAAGGAUAGAAAAAGUAUUGAGCCAUUUUAAUGACUUUUUUAUAAUUUAUAUUUAUACUGAUCAAUAAUGAAGGGUGUUUUUUUUUAUUAGAGAAUUUGAUCUUAUAAUUCUUCAGCCGAUGCCAGAUAUGUAUCACGAACCACAGCAUUUAUGUAUAAUGCAUAUUAUGGAUCAGUGGACUGAAUUUGUUUUCCAAUAAAUUGUUAAACCCUC